UAAGACCAUAGUUGAUCCAUCUCGCCAUCUAAAAUAAUUUAUUAACAAUUAAAAAACAAACAAAAAAACGUGUUAAUUCAAACAUUAAAUAAUUGCAUCUUCAAAUUUUCUGAAAGAGUUCGUGAACUACGGAAAUAAAUUUCUAAUCUUUUUUUAAUAAUUAUUUUCAUAAGCGAAGGAUCGCACCUGCACCAUGCCGUUUAUGAAAGGAAAGGCACCGGUGAGGAGAUCGAUUCAAUACUUGAGUGCUGGCCGAUUAGCACUGAAAGAGAGAAUCAAAAUUUUCAGCGUAAAUUAUAACACUUACGGAAACCAUCACGAGGGCGCCAGAGAUUUCGUGUUUUGGAACAUCCCACAAAUACAGUACAAGAACCCGAAUGUGCAAGUUGUAACGUUCAAAAAUAUGACUCCAUCACCAUUUAUUAGAUGCUAUUUUGAUAACGGUAAACAAAUGUUAAUCGACAUCGACAGCAAAAACCGAGAUGAAAUCAUGCAGCAUCUGAUUCGUGUGGUAGGAAAAUCACUCGAAACUCUCGCCGCUGAAUCAAAGCUUGCCGAGAAGCAAGACAACCCGGCAAAUUUUGGUGUCGGUUGCGUGAAACAUUGCAUUUGCGAAAUCCCCGGCCAGCUGCCCUGUCCCGGAGUAGUCCCUGUACCAAAGCAUAUGCGCGGUAAGUACAAGUACCAACUGAAGGAAUAGAAUGUGUUCUCAAAUUUUUUAGUGUAAAAAUGAUUCACCUAGUUCGUCGCUUAAAUAUAUUGUAAAAAAGAUCAUUGGCUAAAUUGUUUACGAAGUACAGAGAGAUAACACUUUUAAAUAA